CGGACUUUCAAAAGGGAGGCAAGUCACCGCUUGGUUACUCACUCACCACAGUCAGAAUCACAAGCGGAUUCCGAGAACCCAGCUGAAUCGCUCGUCAAGUCCGCGCCGCGGCGCCGUCGAGAGAGCUAGCACACGGACACAGCCCACUAUGGCGGCCGCGGCGCGCGCGAUCAUCUGCGAGUUGGCUCCGCAGAAGGCGGCGGUGCAGCUGCCCACGCCGCCGAGGACGCGUUACGGUGGGAAGGUCGUGCUCCAGCCGCGGCUGUGCACGCUCCGGUCGUACGGCGCCGGCAGCGGCGUGGUGACGCGGAGGAUGCUGGAGGGGGAGGAGGAGGGUAACGCGGGUGCGGACUCGGGUGGCUCUUCUGCCUCCCCGUUCUUUGCGUCGCUCGCCGACUACAUCGAGAGCUCCCGCAAGAGCCAGGACUUCGAGACCAUCUCCGGCCGCCUCGCCAUGGUCGCGUUCGCGGCGGCCGUGGCGGUGGAGGUGACGACGGGCAGCUCGCUGUUCAAGAAGCUGGACAUGAUGGAGAUUGAGGAGGCAGCAGGUGUGUGUGUGGCCGUGGUCGCCUGCGCCGCCGCGUUCGCGUGGAUCUCCAGCUCGCGCAACAGGAUCGGACAGAUGUUCACGCUGGGCUGCAACGUCUUCGUCGACGCGUUCAUCGACAACAUCGUCGAGGCGCUCUUCUCCGAGGGCGAGCUCCAGGACUGGUCCGACGACGUAUAAGCACGCACGUAUAUACGUAUAGAGACUAGAUAGAAAGUUUAUGUAUAUAAAACAAGUAUAGAUAGAUCAAAAGUUGCUGAGUGAGAUCCACGCAUUUCGCAAGCUUCGUCUACGGAUGCACGGUGGCAGCGGAGUUUGUUCUGUAUUUUUCCGAGAUGGAUCCCUGCGUACGUGCCAGGUGUGGAUAAUACAGAAUCCCAAUCAUCUGAGAGCGAGAACUCAUGCACACGGUCUUGCAAGGGUGUUGCAUGUUCUUCUGUGAUCAGACCUCUGUCUGACUGACUGUCUGCGUCGGAGUUGCUUUGGUUUUCAGAACAUGCAUAAUGUUUUUGUGUAGUCAAGCCCGUGAAAUGUGUAGAUCUCAUCAGAGAAAUAGUGUACCGGGGAGGAUUAGCCCCAUAAGUUAACUGUCUGUACCUACUACUACACCUACUGAGCUUGUAAUUAGAGACUCACUGAAGCAUGUAUUUUCCUGAGGAUGAAUAAAAAACAUGUACCUAGUACUGGACCU